AUGUGUGCACUGGCUGCUCCGAUUUAUUAUGCAAAAGUCGUCAUUGGCACCAGCGAGGACGAGCUCAGUGCUGACACUCGUUUCUACAAUGCCGGUAAAGGCUGGGCUGAAGCUGCUAUGCAGUGCACAUUCGCGACUUUUGGAAAUCCGGCUAUUGAAUGUCUUAUGACAGAAAUUUUACUGCAUGAGUACUACCUCCGAGUUGGUGACUACUCAAAGGCGUUUCUGAUUUCGGGAUUCAUUACACGGCGCGUACAACUGCUGCAGCUGAACGUCGAGCAUGACAACGAUAUCUUGUGCCAAAAGAAUCAGAUUUCGUGGGCAGCAAAGGAGAGUAGAAGACGUGUGUUGUGGGCAUGCUAUCUUCUUGACGCGUCGAUUGAAUGCGGCAUUGACCAGCUUCGUUUUGUGUCUGCCGGGGAUGUCCAGAUCCAACUUCCAUGUGUUGAGGAUUCUUUUAUUAGAAACAUACCAUGCAUCACGGAACUGUUGCCUGUCGGAAAAUUACUGCCUUUUGUAGACAAGCAGCGGGUAGCAGUCGCAUCUGCUGUUGAUAACAUUGACAUGCGUGGUCAUUAUAUCCGAGCCAUGGCCAUCCGCUCAAAGAUAUUGAGAUAUGUCAAGCAUCUAGAUGGGGAAAUUCCUUGGGAAACAAACAGUAAUUCCCAUUUCCAUAACCUGGACAAGGAGCUACGAGAUAUCGAGAGUUCAAUACCAGUCAGUCUGAAAAUGUCGACAGAAAAUGUUUACAUCUAUAAGACCUCCGGCCGAUUAAAUCUGUUUUUCGGCCUUCAUAUCCUGAUCUCUCAGACUUACAACGACCUGUACCGAGUAGGCGUUUCAAGAUUGGUCUUUCCAGACACCGCAACGCAAUGGAUACGCAAAAAUGCCCCGGAAGAAUUUAUCCACAUGUGUCAUCGUAUGUGCAUUACGAAAUCUCUGUACAUUGGGUCUCUUUUACGAAAUCUUUGGGACUGCCACAAGCUCAGCAUAGUAGAUACUCCUUAUGCGGUUCAUUCGCAGAUAUGCAGCAGCGUACUAGUGACCGCUUUAACUUCAUGGAGAGAUCCCGAGUCAUUGAUUGCGGAUUUCUCGUAUCAGAAAUGCGAAGAGAUACUGCAAAGUAAUGUGCAAAUUCUGAAGUACCUUGCCAGGUAUAUCAAUGCAGAUUUGUACUGCGAGUCUGCAGUGCAGGCAUUGAGAAGAUUCAAAACUUUGUUCUCUUUUGAAGUCGGCGAGUUCCCAAACGACUCAUCUUCAAGCAUGGCGAGUAAUGAUAACCCAGAGCCGAAGAAUCCAAUCCAGUUCUCUCUUGAGUACAUUUUGAAUCCCUUGGGCACAUAUCCUAUGGCGCGAAAACAAAUAUAUCAGAGGCACCAGCCAGAGUUGACCCACCUCACACAAUCAGAAGAUAUCACGGCGUCUGAGAUUUCACAAUCGACACCUCGUCAAAGCCAUCCUUCCCAUGGUACUGAUUACAGUAUCAAUUACAGUACUGGUCUACUAGAUAGUCAACUUUACUCCGACGCAGCAGAUAGCUUACCAAGUCCUGAAGAGGUUUUUCUACAGCUACCAGACUGGGCUUCUGGGAUCUCAAUCAUGGGUGGAAUGGGAUAUCCAAACUUCUUGGAGGGGUAUAUAUAA